AUGUUUCAAUACUCACUCCCAGUUCGCCCCCUCCAUGGGCCAUUCACCGUAGCAGACGACGAAAUCACCGAGACAUUCGUGGCUAUUGGUAUUGAUUUCGGAACAACGUACUCUGGUGUCUCUUGGGCGCGAUCAACCUGUCCAAAAGAAAUCCACGAAAUCAUCGGCUGGUCCUCAGAAAACCCGAGAAACAAGCGCGAAACCCAAGUUCCAACCCUCUACGAUAUCGAUACGGGAAAAUGGGGCUACGAGAUCACGCCAGAGAUGGAGCCCAUGAGAUGGUUCAAGCUGCUACUUCUGAACGAAGAUGACAUCCAGAAAGAGGAGAUUCGCAACUCCAUUCAGCUACAGGAAGCCCGUAGAUUACUGUCUCAGUCCAUAAACAGGAUGAAACCAGUAGACAUUGUCGGCGCUUAUCUCAAAAAGGUCUGGGAUCACACGUAUUCCAGUCUUGAGACUAUGAUGGAUGUCGAGAACCUACCGCUUCGCGUAGCUAUCACGAUCCCGGCGAUUUGGCCCGCCUACGCCCAGGGCCUCAUGAGAGAGGCUGCAAGAAUGGCUGGUAUUCUAGAAAAGCGCGACAUUGGCGAGACCACCCUAAUGCUGGUCCAAGAACCCGAAGCUGCGGCCUUGGCAAGUCUGUUUCAACAUAGCUCGUUCCCAGAAAUUAAGAAGAAUGAGUCGUUCAUAGUCUGCGACGCUGGUGGCGGCACUGUCGAUGUAAUAAGCUACACAGUCACAUCCGAGCGCCCAUUCAAGCUAGAGGAAUGUGUAACAGGUGAUGGAAAACUUUCAGGCGCUUUCCAAAUCGAUCAAGCCUUCGAGGCUCAUCUCCAUGGAAAGGCUAAACUCAAAAUCAACUCACUCAGUGCAUCUGAGUACAAUCAGUUCAUACAGAAGGAGUGGGAAUUGGGUGCCAAGCGAACUUUCAGUAAUGCCAAUGAGCCGAGAUUCUUCAACCUACACCCACCUAGCAGAGCCUACGGGAAGAUGGCCAGGUUGCGAAACAAAGAGACACUAGCAAUCAACAAGGAGGAGAUGAAGGGCUUCUUCAGCAAGUCUCUGACUGGCAUUCGAAGCCUUGUCAACAACCAGUACACUAAGAUAAAAGCAGCAACUGGAAAGCCGCCCAAGAAGAUCCUUCUUGUCGGAGGCCUGGGUAGCUCUGAGUAUGUUUACGAUGUGUUGAAUGACCAGUUCGAGAACAGGGUCCUCCGACCAAGUGACGGGUGGUCGGCUGUUGCCCGCGGGGCCAUCCUUCGGCUCUUGCAGGAGAACAUCUCGGCGCAAACCACUCUCUCGCCUGUACAGCAGAUUGCUUUGAGCGCAAUACCAAACGUAACCUCCCGCAGAUCCAGAUACCAUUAUGGUAUUGUUGUGGACAAGAGAGUAAAAAGUGUUGUUCUCGAGCCCGAGGAUGAGCAACACGAAGAUCCGGAAGGGGUGAUGAGGGUCACUCGGAUGGAGUGGUACCUAAACAAGGGCGACAAGGUUGACAAAGCAUCACGAAUACCCGUAUCAUACGUCCAAUUCUUUCAAGCGCCUCUACCACCCAAAUGCACGUUCAACAUCAUGUACAGCGCGGAGGAGGUGGCACCUAAAAGACCUGGCUCCAAAGUACAGGAUCUCUGCCACAUUGAUUGCGAUUGGGACAAGCCUAUAGAGCAAUGGAAGGCUGUGGGCAAUCCGUUCGCGGGGUGGAGGAAGCACGAGGACCUGGAGUUGACCAUGGGCCUGGAGGGCGAGCCUAAAUGGCAGAUCCGAGUAGGAUCGAAAAAAGCGGAACACAAAUUCAAGGUGGAAUAUCAGGGCUGA